AUGAAGAGAGCAAGUCUAUUUGUCCUACUUUCUAGUUUAUGGAGUGGGGGCCUUGGAGUUAGCAGCACUACGUAUGCUUGGACUACCCCUAAGAAUGAACCUGCCCAGAAGAAUGUGACCUCUGUUUUGGUUCCUCUAAAUAAAACACAAAGUCUUCAAAUGCUGUCAGCCACUGAGAUCCUGUCAGCUGAGACAGCCACAACUCCUGAGGCAAGAACCUCUGAAGAAAGUCUUCUAAAAUCAACACGGUUUGCCUCAGAGGCAAGUGCACCUCCCAAGCUUGAGAGAAACCAAACUCCCGCAUCCACAGAGAAGGCAGAAGAAAGAGUGCUAAAGUCACAAACUCUUGCCCUCCCAACUCAACCUAACAUCAGAUUUAGUCCUGGGGAAGAAUCAGUGGUGCUCUCCAACUCUACGCUGAAAUUUCUUCAGAGUUUUGCCAGAAAGUCAAAUCAACAAGAGAGCUCCCUAAAUUCAGUUGGAGGUAUGGGAAAUCGAUCCCCACGGGAGACGGAUCUCAGCAGAGGUGACAGCAAUGGAAGCCAAAGGACCGACUAUCAAAAACCAAGUUUUGAAACAACUAGAGGAAAGAAUUGGUGUGCUUCUGUACAUACCAGGCUAUCUCCCACAGUGAUAUUGGACAACCAGGUCACUUAUGUUCCAGAUGGGAGAGGGUCGUGUGGAUGGACCAGAGGAUUCUGUCCUCAGAGAUCUCAGAAAAUAUCAAAUCAUGUCUAUAGGAUAAAACAUAAAAUCGUUACUUCAUUGGAUUGGAAGUGCUGUCCUGGAUUCAGUGGACCAAAAUGUCAGCUAAAAGCCCAGGAACAGCAGCAAUUGAUACACAGCAACCAGGCUGAGAGUCAAACAGCUGUUGGCAACAAGACAGCCACUCAGCAACAGCAACAGCAGCAGCAAGACUGUGGUGACCCAGCAGUGAUGCAAAAAAUGACCGAGCAGAUGAACCACCAGGCAAUGAAAUUGAAUUUCCUGCAGAAGAAGAUGGACAAUAUUUCUUCGGUGGUGAAUGAUGUAAGGAACACAUACUCCUCCCUGGAAGGGAAAAUUGGUGAAGAUAAAGGCAGGGAAUUUCAAUCUUUUCUAAAAGGUAAAAACAAAAUAAAUUAUUCAUUCAGUGAAUGUGAAGACAUGUUUUCCAAGUGCAGAAAUGAUUUUAAGUUUCGAAUUAAGGACACAGAAGAGAAUUUACACGUUUUAAACCAAACAUUGGCCGACUUUCUCUUUCCAAUGGACAACAAGAUGGAUAAAAUGAGUGAGCAGCUGAAAGAUUUGACUUAUGAUAUGGAGAUUCUUCAACCCUUGCUUGAACAGGGAGCAUCAUUAAAACAGACAGUAACUUAUGAACAAACAAAGGAAGCAGUAGCAACAAGGAAAAAAGUGGAAAAUCUGGCUAGUGCGAUCAACAGUAUAAAUUUUCUUAUCAAAGAACUUACAAAAAGACACAACUCACUGAGAAAUGAAGUACAGAGUCAUGGCGAUACUUUAGAAAGACGUAUCAAUGAACAUGCUUUAGAAAUGGAAGAUGGCCUAAAUAAGACAAUGACCAUAAUAAAUAAUGCCAUUGAUUUUAUUCAAGAUAACUAUGUACUAAAAGAGACUUUAAGUAGUAUAAAGUAUAACCCCAAGGUUCAUCAUGAAUGUACCCAAAAUAUGAACACUAUUUUGGCUUUUAUUCCUCAAUUUCAACGUUUGAAUGAUUCUAUUGAGAUUUUGGUCAAUGAUAACCAGAGAUAUAACUUUGUUUUGCAAGUUGCCAAGGCCCUUGCAGAUAUUCCUAAAGACGAGAAACUAAGUCAGGCCAAUUUUCAAAAGAUUUAUCAAAUGUUAAAUGAAACCACUUCCAAAAUGAUACAAUACCAUCAAAAUAUGAGUCACUUGGAAGAAAAAAUACUCUCAGUCACAAAGAUUUCCAGAAAUUAUGAAACUCGGUUGCAAGGCAUUGAGUCUAAAGUGACCCAGACCCUCAUACCUUAUUAUGUUUCACUCAAAAAAGGCAGUAUGGUUACCAAUGAAAGAGAUCAGGCUCUUCAGCUGCAGGUAUUAAACUCCAGAUUUAAGGCACUGGAAGCAAAAUCCAUCCAUUUUUCAAUUAGCUUCUCUUUGUUUAACAAAACUCUUCAUGAAACUUUAAAGAUGUGUCAUAAUGCUUCCACAAGUAUAUCAGAAGUGAAUGCUACCAUACCUAAAAGGAUAAAGGCUUCCCUCCCUGAUACUCAGCUUCUUCAGAACGGUCUGACAGAAUUUGUGGAGUCAAUAAUUGAAAUGAAAACUCAAGCUGCCCUAUCUAAUUUAACUUGGUAUAUAGAUCGAUCAUUAUCUGGCAGUCUUGCAAAUGUUCUCAAGUCUCAGAAACAAGUAAAAUCAGUGCUGAAGAAAGCUAACGCAUUUAAGAAACCAACAGUGAAUCUUACCACUAUCCUGAUCGGCCAGGCUCAAAGGAACACAGACAACAUUGUAUUUCCUGAGGAGUAUUCAGGCUGUAGCCGGUCCCCAUGCCAGAAUGGGGGCACGUGUAUAAAUGGAAGAACCAGCUUUACCUGUGCUUGCCGACAUCCUUUUGCCGGUGAAAACUGCACUGUAAAGCUGGUGGAAGAAAAUGCUUUAGCUCCAGAUUUUUCCAAAGGAUCUUACAGAUAUGCACCGAUGGUGGCAUUUUUUGCAUCUCAUACAUAUGGAAUGACUACACCUGGUCCUAUCCUGUUUAAUCACUUGGAUGUCAAUUAUGGGGCUUCAUAUACUCCAACAACUGGGAAAUUCAGAAUUCCAUAUCUUGGCGUGUAUGUUUUCAAGUAUACCAUUGAAUCAUUUAGUGCUCAUGUCUCUGGGUUUUUAGUGGUUGAUGGAAUAGAUAAGCUUACGUUUGAGUCUGAAAAUAUUAAAAGUCAAGUACACUGUGAUAGGGUUUUGACUGGGGAUGCCUUAUUAGAAUUAAAUUUCGGUCAAGAAGUGUGGUUGCGACUUGUGAAAGGAACAAUUCCAGCCAAAUUCCCCCCCGUUACUACAUUUACUGGUUACUUGUUAUAUCGUACAUAAGUAAGUUAGUAUGAAAGACAGACUAUCACCUUUACUGAGAAGCUGCCAGUGUUUUUAUUUACC